AAGUGUAUGAGAUAUGAAAUAAGAUGAAUGAAGAUGGAAUAGGAAAGGGCAAAAUUGGCCUUACAACAUUUAUCACCAGUCCUGUGCCUCAUAAUAAAUGUGGAAGUGAUGGCUUGCCAGUGACACCAAACUCUAUCAAAGUCCUUGGAAGGGCGCAGUGCUUGAAAGCAUUAAGACAUAAACAUCUAUGCAAAUAUCUUGAUUUUUGUCGAGGGAAGCAUGACAGAAUAUUUUGUAUUUCUGAAUAUCACGAGGAAAAUGUUCUAACUCUAAUUCCGAAGCAACGUUCCGCAAUCUUGAAUGAAUGGUACCGUGUUGUAACGAAGACAACAUAUGAAAUACUAGAUGGACUUGUUUUUCUUGAUUCACAUGGAAUUGUUCAUCACAAUCUUCAUCCAACAAAUGUUCUCCUUAAUUCUGAGGGCUCAGUUAAACUCUAUGCAUAUGGUCUGUACUACAUGACAGAUGCUGGACAAGAAGUUUCAUUCCCUGUUGGUUGCCACAGUUAUCUCAGCCCUGAAGAAUUAUUGUUCACAGGAGAGCAACAUGAAAACGAUAAACAUUUUCCUUCUGGAAAUAUAGAUGUUUGGGCGCUUGGAAUUAUAUGCUUGGAAUUAUGUCUUGGUCAUCAAAUUUUUCCUGAUAAAGAUGAAGUGGAAGAGACAUGUAAAAAAAUUCUUGGUUUUCUUAUAUCUGGAGAUGAUGUUGUACCAAAACUUGUUAAAUAUUCUGGUGUUGAAAAUGCUGAAUAUAUCUAUCAGAAGUUACCCGAUAGUAUUAAGAUGUUUAUUGAAACAUGUUUAACUGCAGACCCUCUUAAAAGACCAACACCUAAAGAAUUGUUUGGUAUGGAUUUGUUCUCUGAAUUACGAGAGAAAAAUAUUAAUACACACGGAAAAAGAUCAACUUUGUUUUCAACUGGUUGUGAUUGCUCUGGACUCCGACUUCCAACUGCUAAAGAAUAUGCAACUUCAAGAUCGAUUGAGCCUCUGUUGGAGAGGGAGUAUUCUGAAAUCUGGCAUUUGUGGAAGCUUGCUGGUGGUGAUGUCUUUUCGGAAGUCAGAAAAAGUAACACUGUACACUCAGUUCCUCCAAUACUCAACUUACCUCUAUCGAUGUCACUACAUGGUGAAGUAAUAAGUCUGGAUACAUCUAUCGCUCAUUUGUAUGAUUCUUCAACAAUAGUUUUAUCUCUUGAUGCCCUGCGGAAUAGAUUGAAGGAUGUAACACCGGAGUCUUACUAUCCAUUGCUUGAGAAUAAGCAAAAUAACGGAAAAGAAGUUGAAGAUACGACAGCUUUAAUGAAGGAUACAACAUCAUCUUUACCUUUGGUUAUAAAAGAAAACGACAUUGAAUAUCAACUUCACAGAAUUAUAUUAUAUAAGAGAUUAUUGUUGGGUUAUCCAUAUUUGCGUGAAAGAAUUUGGAAAGAAGCCAGGAUUGACAUUCCACCACAUUUACGAGGAUUGGUUUGGGCAGCAUUACUUGAUGUCACAGGUGAUGUUAAAGCAGAAUAUGAAAACAUUGACAAAGAAACUCCACUAAGUUCAGACAGACAAAUUGCAGUUGAUAUUCCAAGAUGUCAUCAGUAUGAUCCUUUGUUAUCAUCACCUGUUGCUCAUAAGAAAUUCAAACGAAUUUUGAAAGCCUGGCUCAAAUCUCAUCCUACUUUGUCAUACUGGCAAGGUUUGGAUUCACUAUGUGCUGCUUUUCUUCAUUUGAAUUUUAACACAGAGCACCUUGCAUGGGCUUCAAUGUCAAACUAUAUUGACAAAUAUUUGUAUAAUUUUUUCCUUAAAGAUAAUUCAGCUAUUAUUCAAGAAUAUCUGGCAGUAUUCAGACACUUAAUCGCAUUCCAUGAACCUGAACUUGCAAAUCAUCUUGAAAAAAUCGGUUUCAUUCCUGAGUUAUAUUCCAUUCCUUGGUUUUUGACAAUGUUCACUCAUGUUUUUCCUCUUCAUAAAAUUGUUCAUUUAUGGGAUACAUUACUGCUUGGUAACUCAUCAUUCCCUCUGUGUGUCGGUGUUGCAAUAUUAAAACAACUCAAAUCUCAGUUGAUGACAUUUGAUUUCAAUGAAUGCAUUCUGAUGUUUUCGGAUCUUCCAGAAAUUGACAUUGAUGCCAUUGUACAAAUCUCGAUCCAAUUGUUUUGUGCCACACCAAGAAGUGCAACAUACAGAAAGCAUGCAAAAAGAAGCAGUAAAAGUACUAGAAAACCUGUGUCAUAUUAUACCGAAGAUUACAAUACAAUUCCUCAUGAUGAAUUAUCGAUGAGUGAAGUAUCUUUGGAAGAUUUAAAAUGUGAAAUUAGUCCAAGAAUAUCAGCAGAUGACAUGAUCCAAUUAUGUGAACUUAAAGGACCAUCUCAUUCAAAAACUCCAGCGAAGAGAUCAGCAAAAAAUGCAAAGCCAAAGAUAACUAUUUUAGACGUCAGAUCGCCUGAUGAAUUUCAUAGAGCAGCUAUACCAGGUAGUCAUAAUAUACCAUAUCAAACAUGUAAAAAUCCUGAUGGAUCGUUGAAUAAAUCACUUCAAGGCUUUCAAACUAUUGAUCAAUUCAAACCAAGAUUGAUUAUCGUUGUCGGAAAUAAACAGAGUAGAGAAGAUGCCAAGUUUGCAAGUCUUCUUGUCAAUGGCGGUUAUCGUGGCGUGUUGGUGUUACACCAAGGAAUUGAUGUUUUUAAACCAACUGGUCUUUUAACCAUCCAGUAAAUCAUAUCAGUAUUAUUUGGACCUGGAAAUUGUUUAUUCAAUUUUCUACUCAAUUAUUCUAGAUAUAACUUAUUCUAGAUCAAGUGCUCUGCAUCUCAACUAUAUUUGAAACAAUUCGUACCCCCUUACA